AUUUAUUGAAUCUGAAUAAUUCCUUAAGAUUAUUUGUUAGCUGCUUUCAUAAAUCUCAUAAUAAUCUAUUCACAAAUCUUUCUUGUCCCAGAAAAUUUUCAAAAAUGUCACAAUUAUCUACCUUACCAAAAUUAAAUUCAGUUACCCCAUUGGAUACUAUAUCCAAUUCAUCACCAAUUAAAACUGCUGCUGCUCUUUUAAUUGGAGACGAAAUCUUAAAUGGGAAAAUUACUGAUACAAACUCGAAAUUUUUUGCCAAAUAUUGUUUUACUCUCGGUAUUGAACUCAAAAAAAUUUUGGUGAUUGGUGACGACAAAGAAGAUAUUAUUUCCUCCAUCAAAUUUUUAGCAAAUAAAUACGAUUUUAUUAUCACUUCAGGAGGAAUUGGCCCAACUCAUGAUGAUAUAACCUACUUAUCAAUCGCCGAAGCCUUUAACUGUGAAUUAAAAUUAGAUGAAUACGCUAGAGAUAGAAUGAGACAUUUUAGAAGAAAUAAAAAUGACAAUUUUUCUCAAGAACAAAUCGACGCUCAAUUAAGAAUGGUCAUUUUACCUCAGUCAAAUGGAAAAAUCGACGUUAUCAAUUAUUACGUUUGCGAUGAUUUAUGGGUUCCAAUUAAUGCCGUUAACAACCAGGUUUUUAUUUUACCUGGUGUUUCUCAAUUAUUCCAAAAGUUAUUAACUAAUUUGAAACCUUACAUUAUCGGUCGUAUUGAUACUUCAGAGUCUGCAUCAUUUGAAAGAUUUUAUGUUAAAACUCCUAAAAAAGAAUCUGUUAUGGCUCCAUUAUUAUCUAAAUUGCAAGAACAAUAUGAUAGUAAAUACGGUGUUGGUGAAAUUAAAAUUGGUAGUUAUCCACACAUGGGUUUGCAAAUUAAUACUGUUAGUAUCAUUGGAAGAAAAAAAUUACAUGAAGAUUUGAGAGAUAUAGUUAAAGUUUGUUCAAAAGAAUUAGAAGGCACUGAAAUUUCCAAGGAAGAAGAAGAUAUAUUGAGCGAAAAUAGAGACGAAAUUAAAUUAUAGAUUCAUAUAUACUUUUCCAUGCUUAUAAAUUGAUAAAUACUUUAAUUUAAGAUUUUUUUUUUAAUAACUAAAUAAGGAUACUGUACCA